AACCUGCAGGAAAUAAAGGUCGGAGUCAGGAGAUACCGGUGAGCGUUUGGCGCCACCGUGUGGCCAAGAGCUGAAGGGGGCGUGACACCCCAAUAAUAUCGAGGUGAAUGAAUUCAGUUUUCCCGCUCUAUAAUUCCUUGUGUCGUCACAGUGUCGCGUCACGGGUCCGCAUCAGCGGGUCCUCCUCCUCCUCCUCCUCGUCUUCAUCAUCAUCACCCUCCUCCUCCUCCUCCUCACACUGCGCGGUGUCUCCGCCUGCGGCUCCCCGGCGCGGCCAUGGUGGACUCUCCCGGAGCGAUGAAGAAGCCCUCGGUACCGGAGAUCACCCCGCUGGACCAGUGCGACUUCAACCGGGCCAAGAUCCGCGCCAGCGUCCGGUGGCUGCUGUCCAGGAGCUUCGGCAGCGCAGAGAACGUUCCAGUGGAGCUGAGAGAGCCACUCUACAAGGACCAGUAUGACCAGGAACACCUCAAGCCGGUCGUCUCCAAGCUGCUCCUGUCCCCGGAGACCUACUGCCGAGCUCAGGCCCUGCUGGCUCGGGCGCCCGGAGUCUCUGCAGCGCCUCUGCAGGAGUCGCCCGCCGACAACGCUGCGCUGCUGCAGCUCCUCACCAAGAAGGGCCUGGCUCCGAAGCUCCAGGAGGUGGAUGUCACCGAGCAGGACCUCAGGCACGCGCCCAUCAAGACGAGGUCGCACCUGGCGCUGAUCGACGCCAUGAUGGCGCUGGCUGCUCAGGAGAUCCUCAGCAGGGUGAAGAUAGCAGCGGAGGCGGAGCAGAUGGGCAUCGGGGCGCCGUGGGAGAACGCGCUGCUCUUCUGGGUGAACAGGCUGAACCAGACGCUGAGGGAAAGCACAGAAGACGAGGAGUCACCGAAGCAGCCGCCAUGUUCCGACCUGCAGCCCGUCCAGGACUCGCAGUGUCAGUCGACGCGCUGGUACUGGAAGCUGGUCCCACAUGCUAUCGCUUUUUGUUUGAAGGAGUCGGGGAAUAAACCUCCAGUGAUCCGCUACAGGAAGGACAAAGUGCAGUCCAAGCUGACUCCCACGUUCCCGCUGGUCUCUGCGGUCAAAGAUCUGUCCAACGGUUGUGCCAUCGCUGCCGUGUUGCACUUCUACUGCCCGGGCCUGCUGCCGCUCGAGGAUGUUUGCCUUAAGGACACCAUGUCGGUGGCUGACAGCGUCUACAACCUCCAGCUCAUCCGAGAGUUCUGUGAGAGCACGUUACACAACUGCUGCCCCCUGCAGUUGGAGGACCUGCUGUACGCCCCAGCUCUGCUCCACAUGAACAUCAUGAGUUUCAUCGCAGAACUGCUCGAGUGGUUUGAGGUGAAGAAGCCCGAGUUUGUGCAGCCCGUCCAGCCCAUUGACCUCACCGAUAUUUCAGGAAUUCUUUUCUGUACAAGUCCAGUCAGCGGGAACAGCAACAGUGGUUCUCCGUCCUUCGUCUUUAAGCAGCCCUUCGUUCCCAUCCCGUCCCAGGCGUCGUCAGAAACCAAAGCUUGGACCAAAAAACAAAUCAGUCGUCCUCUAUCCGCCGUGACUUUCAGCAUCCCAUUUGGGCUGGACAGUGAUGUUGAUAUUGUCAUGGGCAACCCAAUAGAUUCUGUGUUUCGCUCCGUCAGCCCCGAUGGCGUCACCACUGGCAUCCCUGCUGUGACAUCAUCCGGAAUGACUCGCGUGCCAUACAGCCCCCCCGAGGAUCUGAGUCACUUGGUCAGCGCUUCGGCACCAUCGCAGCGCAAUACUUGGGGCCCUUAUGCUCACACUGCGCCCCUCGGUGAACUGCCGACCAUAGAGGAAGCGUUACAGGUGGUUCACGUUCCCGGCAGCAAAGAUAGAUGGAGGGGCGGCACGGUAGAGAACGACAGACAUGGGACUUUGAAAAGGCCAGAGGCAAGGCUAUGUCCUGAGGGCGCACCGGCGGGUUUCUUUCUCCACUCCCCAGCAGAAGAUGGCCCGCACCUCAGUAGCUCUGCUCCCACUCACUCUGGAAUCCUCCACCGGCCGCUCGGGGGAGAAGCAGGCAACAAUGAAAGGCAAAGCAGAACUGAGAGGCGGAACAGGUCCGGAAGAUCGUCAGAUAUGUCACGUGACGACGACUCUGUGCUACGCGAUGGUAGCGUUGAUUCUUCUGAAGCGUCAGAUGAUUUACCCAGAAACGCUCCAGGUAAUAUUCGGCCCAGUAGCAACCGACAGGGAAAUGGCAGCAACAGUAACAGCCCACGCAUGACCAGCUUUGCUGAGCGAAGAGACAACAGGAGAAGACAACCUGCUGCUCCAGGGGAGGAGUCGGCUCCCACACCGACAACUCCAGCAACGCCACACACUCCCACCACUCCGGCAGGUGCCCAAAACCAGCACGACUGUCCCGGGCCCAAAGGUCCGGUACCGGGCUCAGAAGCAUGGGAACUGGGAGCCCGACUGGAGGAGAAACGAAAAAGCAUCGAGGCCCAGAAAAGACGGAUCGAAGCCAUCUUUGCCAAACACAGACAGAGACUAGGUAAAACUGCUUUUCUUCAACUGAAGAAAGAGCAAGGAGAGGGAGGAGGCGAAGUCAGUGGGGAGGAUAAUCUUUCCCUGGAGGAGCGGCUCACGCGCAUGGAGGAGCAACUGCAGCAAGAGGAGGAGAGGGAAAAACAAGAGAAGGAGCCAAGUAAGGAGAAAGAGGAGCCGUCGGCUUCUAAUCCUCCUCGGCUUGAAAAGCAGGUCACAUUUUCCAUUGACAGCAAGAAAGGUGCUGAGAAGGAACACGAGUCAGAGAAGGAGAAAGAGGGGGUCAUCACUGAGUAUAAUCAAGUGGUGCAGAAGCUUGGCGAGGCUCUGCAGUCGCUGCAAAAGGACAUGCAGAAACUUACUGAGCAGCAGAAGCAGCUGAUGAGCAACCAAAGACCCAGGAAUGCGGCCAAGACCGGUCAAAAAGCUACACCGAGGGGGAACACCAAAGGCUCAUCCAGAACCCCUCCCCACACCCCGACAAAGACGCCCCCCAGAACUCCAACAAAGACUCAUACGAGCAGUAAAGCUUGGGUGAUCCCUGCCAGUCCUGCUGCCUCAUCUCCGUCCCGCCGGUCUCAAGGGCCCCAAUUAUCCUCCUCUCCCAAAAUUGCAGUUGCGAUUUCAUCCUCAUGUCCAGCGCCACGGACGAAGGUUCACUCCUCUUCUUCGCCCCGUAGUCCGAAACAUCACCCUCGAAACCACCCUCCUGCACGGCCUUCAGAACUGAAGUUUCCAACAUUCAAUCGUGUCUUGACUCCGACCCACACUGUCGAUACGCUCCCGCACCUCCGACGCGUCUCUCCCAGCAAGUGUCAAGUGCAAACCUCUUCAUCCUUCCGCAUUGGGAGUCCUAGAACUCCUCAGCAGUCUCCUCAAGUUGCCCAGCAGACUUUGCCCGAUGAGAGCACCUCUGACACCGGGUCCAGUGAGACGCCGACCCAGUUCAGUCUGGAGCUUGAUCAGGAGGACAGUGAAGCCACAGCGGGCCUUGGCGUCUCUUCACAUCCAAGGCUGGAUCACACACGGGCAGCUGGGGGCAGCAGCUCUGGGCCUCCAUCAGAGUGUUCAUUUGAGAGUGAGACGCUGUCCAUCUCAGCUGCGUACAGCACUGAAGGAGGGAUGAUGAGACGUCCAGGGAAGCCCUCCAGCCCGAUGCAAGCAUCGCUCUCAUCCUUCGGAGAACCAGAGGAGGGCACUGACGAGCCCACCGACGAGGGCCACGAGUUCUCCUCCGAUUCAAUGAGUGACCACAACGAACCUGUUAGGAGACUGACCUCCCAGCCCUCUGAAGAACCAAAUCAAGGUCCAGGCACUACAACUUCGACAGAAUCAAAGGACGAGGAGCCCAAACUGCCCGAAGCAACCGAAUUGGAGGCCAGAGGAGGAGUGGGAUUCUUCUUCACGGAUGAUGACCGAAGCGAGGGGGAAAUGGCUCAGCGCCGCGCCCUGCUGCUGGAGAGACAACAAAAGAGAACAGAGGAGCUGAAGCGACGGAGACUUGAACAAGAACGAGACAAAAGGCAACUGGGUUUUUAUGCAUCAUUAGAUUCCUAUAAUGACUGGAGUUUAAUUCUCCCGUUGUCUCGUCUUAGACCAGCGUCUCGACCAGCGUCUCCAAUGGGUACACCUCCUGCUACUGCUACCUCUCCUUCACUUACACCUCCUGCCACGCCGGCCCGCCGGGGCGAUUUCACACGAGGGGAAUACGCUCGCCGCCAACAGCUGAGAAUCAUGGAUGACCUCGACAAGAUGCUGCGGCAAAAAGGAACAUGUCAAGGCCGGUCUUCCGUCAAGAAGGCACGGUCUCGACCGCGAAGUAUGACCAGAGAUGAGACGCAACUUUCCCGAAGUCCUGUGAAGAAACUGACAGAGUCAAAGCUGACAAAGGUCUACUCUCACUCGUCCUUAAAUCUGGCUGCUACUGGAGAGCAGGGGAACAGUGGCGAUGCGUCAAAGCCGGUCCAAAGUCAUUCCGGCUCUCCAUCCAGAAGCGUGACUCCAAGUCGUCUUGCUAACAAGAAUGGAGAAAAGGACUGGGAGACUGGAUCCAGCGGAACGUCUCCCGCACCAGAGUACACCGGUCCAAAGCUUUUCAAGGAACCGAGCUUCAAGUCCAAUAAGUUCAUCAUCCACAACGCCCUCUCUCGCUGCUGUCUGGCUGGGAAAGUCAACGAGACGCAAAAGACUAAGAUAGUUGAGGAGAUGGAGAAGAGUCCAGCCAACCACUUCCUCAUCCUCUUCCGUGAUUCUAGCUGCCAGUUCCGAGGUGUUUACACCAUGAACCCCGACUCCGAGGAGCUGGUGCGGCUAGCCGGCGUCGGCCCGAAGACUGUGAGCUCCGCCCAGGUGGAGUCCAUCUAUAAAUACAGUUCAGAUAGGAAGCAGUUCAGUGCCAUCCCCUCGAAAACCAUGGGCAUGAGCGUCGAUGCCUUCACCAUCCCCGGACAUCUUUGGCAGGGAGGCGGAGCAUCAGGAGGGGGAGGGAGCAGGAGGGCCAGCAUCACAAAGAAGGCGGUAGUUUCCAAGCUAGGGCCAUAAUUUGGAAGAAUUGGCUGGAGAUUGUAUGUUAGUGUACAGCAUUCACUUGACCUCGUGAUUCCAUAGGGGGGAAGGGGCUCUGGUCAUUCCCAAGACAUGAAGGGUAGAGCGGAGCAUCAUGAUUUCAAUGAAAAGGUUUCCUCAGAAAAGCACAUGACAAGGACUGGGGAGCGUAGAGCGUGUUUUUGAUCUACUAUCAGUUGGAUCAUGGAACUACGGCUGCAUUUUUGGGGUUUCUGGAACAUGGCACACGGAAGUCAGGGGACAAUCGAGGGAUGCAGGCUGAUUUUCUGCCGCUAAGAACCUCUUGUGAACGUGUCUCUUUUGGCACGUGGGGCCUCACCGGCAUUCCACUGGCACUUUCCCUUGGGUGGAUGUUUGGUACAGUUUGGCUCUGCUCACCCCAGCUGGUCCUGUUCGUCGGCGACUGCCUGGGUCAGGUGGACGGACCUGUGAGGGCCAGAUGGAGCGGCCAGUUGUCCCACUGUAAGGUAGUUUGUGUGGUGUUGGUGAGGGGGGUGGAAGGUUUCCACAACGCAGUACACAGAGAGAGGGGGUAUGGUGUGCGACCUACAGCACCACACAACAAAAGAAGGCUGGAAGUAAAGACAGGAAAGCAUGGCGCCCUCUAGUGUCCAGACAUAAUACUGCAGAUCCACCCAGACCGGACCUCACACCCCUCCAACAUUUAGGAAACACUUUCCUCAAGUGAAUGCUGUACACAAGACUGAAAUACAAAUGUGUAUUAACGUCCCCGAUGUGCAUGAGAAUACGACGCACAGCUCCUUUACCUUUGAAGAAAACACUUAAAGGUUUAGACAGGAAUGUUUUGUUUGAAAAGCUUAUACAAGUCUUUUAAUUUUAUAAUUUUAGCGCCACCUUUGGUAUUUUACACGUUUUCUACAUGAAGCCAAACGGCAGACAGAUGCCUUUUUUUGCGUCAAGAUGACGAGACUUUCAUUUUUUAUACGAUAGCGUGAUUUAAUUUGACGACACAAGCACAUUACUUUUUAUGUGGAACAGCCAUACUGACAAGUCAAAGCUGGCGCAGCAUGGCGGGUGACUCCAUGUGACAUGAGCUCUUCCUAAACUCCCAGUGUAGAAUCGGGGGAACGUGAAUGAAGUGUGAGCACAGAAGAGGACAGGAGGUGCUGAGAUUGUUGUGCUUUGGUUGCAACGACCAGGAAAAUAAAUGACUGAAUUAAUGGACACCUUGUAUUUAUUGUUGACAGUAAAGGGGGCGGGGCAGGGCCUAAAUAAGUGCUGAGUCAUACACUGUCAGCACACAAAUUCUUUAUCAUUCAGCAGUGUUUUUUCAGCCUUUUUUGAACCACAGCGCCACCGAAGGAAUCACGGCCAAAGGUCUCAGAAAAAAUCCCUUUGAAUUUGUGAAAAACGUGCAGCGACUGCCACUC